UCUGUAGAGAAUCUAUUCGCCGAUAAGAAACUCUGCAUUUCACUCAUUUCAAAUACUUGCAAAUAAAUAUCUUUGUUCCGCGAGCGGCCAUGAAUCAUUAAGUUCUGAGUUGUUAAUCCAUUUUUGCCAGCCCACCCAGUUAUUUGACCUUUGCGACGCUCUGCGACAAUACAACCAUCCUGAAUCGCCCUUCGAAAACCGUGUCGCAAACUUACGCCUUCGUUCGCAACUACAAGCAGACCUCCUAUCUUCGGUUAUUCGUUAUCCCAUAUCGCCGAACCUGACGUGCCUUUGCCAUGUUUUUCCUCAAAGAAGAGACAAAGGUCAUCACUCUACAUCCCUCGUACUUCGGCCCGAAUGUGCGAGAAUACCUCAUCAACCGCUUGAAUGAGGAGGAAGAAGGGCGGUGUACCGGAGAUCAUUUUGUAAUAUGCGUCAUGGACAUGGUAGAUAUCGGCGAGGGAAGAGUGCUCCCGGGGAACGGACAAGCGGAAUAUACGAUAAAGUAUCGAGCAAUUAUCUGGAAACCUUUCAGGGGAGAGACCGUUGAUGCUCUUGUCACAUCAGUCAAACCUACGGGCAUCUUCACCUUGGCUGGUCCGUUGUCGGUUUUCAUUGCGCGCAAAAAUAUCCCCUCCGACAUCAGGUGGGAGCCCAACACAGUGCCGCCGCAAUACACCGACCACGCGGACCAGGUUAUUGAGAAAGGUACCAGUCUGCGACUGAAGAUUCUUGGUGUGAAGCCAGACGUCGCCGCGAUCAAUGCGAUUGGAACAAUCAAGGAGGAUUAUUUAGGACCACUCUAA